UGAUUAAAACUUUCUCCUUGUAAAACUCUUCAGCCUUGUCAGACCGUUCCCUGUCAGCUGGGAUGUUCCCGUCUGUAAAUCCAAAGAUGUGAGCAGUUCUGAUGAUGUGGGAGUUUUGUUGUGAUUCAAAGCAACGUGUCGGCUCUCAGUUAUUCACACUUUCUGCCUCCAUCAGUUCACUGACGGAGCUGCUGUCAGUCAGCAACAUUCACUUCCAUUUUAUCGUUCUACCUUUAUUUAUUCAGUUUUAUUCGUUCCCUUUUAUGUCGAUACUUUACAUAUUGAGGUGGAUUCACACAGAGAAAGUGUCUCUGAAGUCAAUAAUAAUGGAGUUAUUUCCUUAAAUGUAGUUUGUGGAUUCUCAGAUCAAUAUUUUUACUGUAAGGACACUUCUGACAACAUUCUCUGUAGUCUGGGACCAUGACAGAGACAGCACAGUUUAUUAUUUAAAAUAGAAUUUGGUACUGAAAAAGAGAAGAUAAGUGGAAACAGACAACACUGACAUCAGUAGAAAUUAUAUAUAUUUGAUCACAAAAUCACAGAAAAAAUGUUUAAAAAUUGUGAUCAAAAAUCACAUUAAAACACAAAAAACAGUUUUGAAUAAAUGUGUUUUAUUUUUCAACUCGUUUAAUUACACGUAUUUUAAUUCUGAUGUUUUCUUUUCAUUGCCGAGUUUUUUCUUAAAAUGAUCGGACGAAAGAGAGUUUUGGAGAAAAACAAUCAGGUUCAGUUUGGAUGUCGUUGGUCAGAACAAGACGGAGGCUGUGAUUAAAACAGUGAGUUGAUUUAUUUAGAUUUAGAGAAAAACCAACGGAGUCAAACAGUGAAUUAAAUGCAGAGUUGAGGCUUCAUUCUCAGCGUCUGCAUGGAUGUUAAAGUCUGGACUUUAUCUGAACUGAAUCCACUGAGAACUCAGAUAAAAGUCAGAAUAAGGGGCAGGUGGGCGAAUACAACAAGCAACACAACUGGUUUUUGUGUUUUCCAGUUGGGUGUGAGAGACUCAAAGUGAGGCUUUGAAAGGAGUUCUAAGUUCAGGUUUGAGGUUAAUUAUUAAGCUGAUUAUUGAGUCUGACUGUACUUGUAGGGAAAUAAAAUGUUUCUGACUGGGAGGGUGGAUUGAUCUGGACUCACAUAAUCUGCUGUUUGUGUGUGUGAUAUGAGAAGCAUAAAGAGCUGACCUCUGAUCUGUGCAGGUUCACACUGGUUUGUGCUUUGAGCUGUUUGCUUCCUCAGAGCUGAAGAAGGACGACGGUGGAGCUCAGGAGAGGAGCAGAAAGCUGUUGGACUGCAACAAGUGGAGAGUCUGCAGGUUUUCACCAACAUGGAAAGGAUCCAUCAGGACCCAGAACCAGAACCAGAACCAGGACCAGGACCAGAACCAGAACCAGAACCAGAACCAGAACCAGGACCAGAACCCAGCUGUGUGUCCUUUAAGAGCAAUGACUCAAAGGAUAUUUUUGCUGAAUUUAAAGAACAACCUUCUGCUUCAAAGAGAGUGGAGCAGCAGAACUCAGAGGUUCCCAGAGCUCAGUCUGUCCAGCAGCAUCACCUGGACUCCAUAUUCAUGCUGCUGGAGGACAACAUGGUGACUUUUGUGAAGAAGGAGCUGAAGAAGAUGCAGAAGGUUGUGAGUCCAGAUUACCCAGAAUGCUCAGAGAGUCAGAGGGAGGAUGAGGAGCAGUUGGAGGGUGAUGAUGAAGAUGAGAGGAGCAGCAGAGAGAUGUUUGAGCAGAUCACAGUGUUGUUCCUGAGGAGGAUGAAGCAGGAGAAGCUGGCUGACUGUCUGCAGAGCAAACUUGCUGCUGCUUGUAGACGUAAACUUAAACGUGGUCUGAAGAAGAAGUUCCAGAGAGUGUUUGAGGGCAUCGCUAAAGCAGGACAGAAGACCCUCCUGAAUGAGAUCUACACAGAGCUGUACAUCACAGAGGGAGGGACUGCAGAGGUCAAUGAUGAACAUGAGGUCAGACAGAUUGAAGCAGCAUCCAGGAAAGCAGACAGAGCAGAAAGAAGCAUCAGACCAGAAGACAUCUUUAGAGGCUCACCUGGAAGAGAUGGACCAAUCAGAACAAUGAUGACACAGGGAGUGGCUGGCAUCGGGAAAACAGUGUUAACACAGAAGGUGACUCUGGACUGGGCUGAAGACAAAAGCAACCAGGACAUCCACUUCAUGUUUCCAUUGACUUUCAGAGAGCUGAAUGUGGUGAAAGAGAGAAAGUUCAGUUUGGUGGAACUUGUUCAUCACUUCUUCAGUGAAACCAAAGCAGCAGGAAUGUUCAGCUUUGAAGACUUCCAGGUUGUGUUGAUCUUUGACGGUCUGGAUGAGUGUCGCCUUCCUCUGGACUUCCACAACAAUGAGGUCCUGACUGAUGUUACAGAGUCCACCUCAGUGGAUGUGCUGCUGACAAACCUGAUCAGGGGGAAUCUGCUUCCCUCUGCUCGCCUCUGGAUAACCACACGACCUGCAGCAGCCAAUCAGAUCCCUCCUGACUGUGUGGACAUGGUGACGGAGGUCAGAGGGUUCACCGACCCACAGAAGGAGGAGUACUUCAGGAAGAGAUCCAGAGAUGAGGAGCAGGCCAGCAGCAUCAUCUCCCACGUGAAGACAUCACGAAGCCUCCACAUCAUGUCCCACAUCCCAGUGUUCUGCUGGAUCACUGCUACAGUUCUGGAGGAGCUGCUGAGAAACAGAGAGGGAGGAGAUCUGCCCAGAACCCUGACUGAGAUGUUCAUCCACCACCUGGUGGUUCAGACCAAAGUCAAGAAGGUCAAGUAUGAUGGAGGAGCUGAGACAGAUCCACACUGGAGUCCAGACAGCAGGAGGAUGAUUGAGUCUCUGGGAAAACUGGCUUUUGAGCAGCUGCAGAAAGGAAACCUGAUCUUCUAUGAGUCCGACCUGACAGAAUGUGGCAUCGUUGUGGAAGCAGCCUCAAAGUACUCAGGAGUGUUCACACAGAUCUUUAGAGAGGAGAGAGGGCUGUACCAGGACAGGGUGUUCUGCUUCGUCCAUCUGAGUGUUCAGGAGUUUCUGGCUGCAGUCUACAUGUUCCACUGUUACAUCAACAGGAAGGAGAAGGUUCUGGAGGACUUCCUGGGAAAAGACUGGAAAGACUGUAACAGAGACACUCUGGAUGUGUUCCUGAAGAGAGUGAUGGAGAAAUCCCUCAGCAGUAAAAAUGGUCACCUGGACCUGUUUGUUCGCUUCCUUCAUGGCCUCUGUCUGGAGUCCAACCAGAGACUGUUAGGAGGUCUGCUGGGUCGGACAGAGAACCAUCCACGAAUGAUCCAUAGAGUCAUCAACAACCUGAAGAAGAUGAAGAGUGAUGAAAUGUUUCCAGACAGAAGCAUCAACAUCUUCCACUGUCUGAUGGAGAUGAAGGAUCUCUCAGUACAUCAGGAGAUCCAAGAGUUCCUGCAGUCAGAGAACAGAUCAGAGAAGAAACUCUCUGAGAUCCACUGCUCAGCUCUGGCCUACAUGCUGCAGAUGUCAGAGGAGGUUCUGGAUGAGUUGGACCUGGACAAGUACAGAACAUCAGAUGAGGGAAAACAGAGACUGAUUCCAGCUGUGAGGAACUGCAGAAAGUUUGGACUUUCUUACUGUGAUCUCUCAGAGAGUCACUGUGAAGUCGUGGCCUCAGCUCUGAAGUCCAACCCCUCCCAUCUGAUAGAACUGGACCUGAACUGGACCGACCUGCAGGAUUCAUUCAUGAAGCAUCUUUGUGAUGGACUGCAGAGUCCAAACUGUAAACUGGAGACUCUCAGAUUGAGGGGCUGCGGUUUGUCAGAGAUCAGCUGUGAUUCUCUGGUCUCAGCUCUGAAGUCCAACCCCUCACAUCUGGAACAUCUGGACCUGAGUGGAAACGACCUGAAGGAAUCAUCAGUGAAACAUCUGUUAGAUCUUGUGGAGAGUCCAGACUGCAUCCUGAAGACUCUGAGAUUGGUGGGCUGCAGUUUGUCAGAGAUCAGCUGUGAUUCUCUGGUCUCAGCUCUGAAGUCCAACCCCUCCCAUCUGGAACAUCUGGACCUGAGCAGGAACAACCUGAAGGAUUCAGGAGUGAAACAUCUGAGUGGUUUUGUGGAGAGUCCGGACUGCAUCCUGAAGACUCUGAGAUUGGAGCAGUGCAGUUUGUCAGAGAUCAGCUGUGAUUCUCUGGUCUCGGCUCUGAAGUCCAACCCCUCCCAUCUGGAACAUCUGGACCUGAGCUACAACAACGACCUGAAGGAUUCAUCAGUGAAACAUCUGAGUGGUUUUGUGGAGAGUCCAGACUGCAUCCUGAAGACUCUGAGAUUGAAGGACUGCAGUUUGUCAGAGAUCAGCUGUGAUUCUCUGGUCUCAGCUCUGAAGUCCAACCCCUCACAUCUGGAACAUCUGGACCUGAGCUGGAACGACCUGAAGGAAUCAUCAGUGAAACAUCUGUUAGAUCUUGUGGAGAGUCCAGACUGCAGCCUGAAGACUCUGAGAUUGGUGGGCUGCAGUUUGUCAGAGAUCAGCUGUGAUUCUCUGGUCUCAGCUCUGAAGUCCAACCCCUCCCAUCUGGAACAUCUGGACCUGAGCAGGAACAACCUGAAGGAUUCAGGAGUGAAACAUCUGAGUGGUUUUGUGGAGAGUCCAGACUGCAUCCUGAAGACUCUGAGAUUGAGGCACUGCAGUUUGUCAAAGAUCAGCUGUAAUUCUCUGGUCUCCGCUCUGAAGUCCAACCCCUCCCAUCUGGAACAUCUGGACCUGAGAGGAAACAACCUGAAGUAUUCAUCAGUGAAACAUCUGUUAGAUCUUGUGGAGAGUCCAGACUGCAGUCUGAAGACUCUGGAAUGGAAGUGUUGCUGAUCAGGACGGUGUUUGUGGUGAGAGGAUGAAGUGUGUCCUGAUGAUCCAGAGGUUGAAGCAGCAGCAGCAGCUGGUGUGUAGAGACUCUGACUGGACCAUGUUACUGGGAGGUGGACUGGGAACCAGUAUGAAGUGUGUUGUUCCUGUAUAGUUUAGUGUUGCAGCUCCACACUGUGAAUGAUGGAGAAGUUCAGUUCAUGUUGACUUGAUCCGUUGGAGGUUGAUGAUGUUCAGACUCAGGUUUUCUAACGUUAAUAUUCAGAUGAAAAUAAACAGACUUUCAGAGAUUUUUUACAGAUUUUAUAGAAGCAGCUGCAGCUCAUUCAUUAACUUCUUCUAUAUUGUCUAAAUGUCUUCUUACCUGGACAGGUGUAAAAAAUGUGAGUGUCCACAUUUGACCUUCAGCUGCUCCAAUGAUUCCUUAGUCUUUGCUAAACUGUCUGAUAUUCUCAUAUUUCCAUCGUGUGGAGGCUGUAAUUCUCACCAACACUUUAAUUAACCUCCAGAAGAUGACAGAAGGAAGUCAUUGACGUGUUUUACUGGACAACAAGUGAACUAUGUCCAGUUUAUCAGAGAAAUCACUGAUAUCUGUAUUAAUACACAUUAAUGUCUCAGGAGUUGUUGAGAUCUUCAGCAGUGAGGCUCAGAGGAGUCCUUUACUGUCAUUUCUCUGUUGGUGGGAAUGUUGUUGCUUUUUACAUCUAUCUGAGUUUCUUUGUGUUGAGCCUCCGUUUCUUAACUUCCUGUUUGACAUCUGGAGACGACAAAGACGUUCUAAGUUCUAACUUGGGUCUGAUGUUUCUUCAAUCAACCAAUCAUGUUUUCAAAGAUACUGCAGUAAAUAAUGAAUAUUAGAGCUAAAAUACUACAGUAAAUGACAGAUUUAUGAUUUAAUAUUCAGGGUAAAAUGUUGCAAUAAAUGAUGAAGAAUGCAGUUAAAAUACUUCCGUAAAUGACAAAUACUGCAGAUAAAAUACUGCAGUUAGUGAUUAAUAGUACAGCUAAAAUACUGCAGUAAAUAAUGACACAGUGGCAUGUCUGAAGUAAAGACAUAAAUAAUUAAAACAGAUGUGUGGAUUCAUGAAAAGUAUGUUUAAAAUGUUUGCUAAUGUGACGUUGAACAUCUACUACAGUUCCUGGUUUGUCUUUUGCAGUUUUAUUCAGUGGAUUCAAAAUUUAUUCAGAGUUCUUCCUGUAAAUAAACAUUUGUGUGUGUAAUAAAGACGUUUUGUUUCCCUGAAGUUAGUCUAAUAAAUGGAUUUUUAAAAUAAAGUCUGAUUUUUAUCUGA